UCAAUGUCAAUGUUUAUUGGAGCUGCAUGGGCCUAUAUGGUUGUUGUUGCUAUUCUAUUAGAACCAUUUGGUUAUAAUCAAAAAUAAAUUGGAUAUGUGAGUAUCGUUUAUUGUGCUACAGGUACCAUCGGUGGAACUAUUGCAAGCUUAUAUAUUGAUUAUCAAUUAAAAUUGAACAUCAAGCCUCAUUAUGAUAUACUCAAUAAAGCAUUUAUGACAAUUGGAAUGGCAGGAAUCCUAAUCAAAGUCUUACUAAUUGAUAUAAUUAAUGAAACUUGGAUAAUAAUAUUCUCAGGAGCUAUUGGUUUUGGUUUGAAUUCAUUUUUGCCAUUAGCUAUUUAAUGUUAUGUUGAGAAAAUGUUUCCUUGUUUUGAAUUAGUCUUAACUACUCUUAUGAUGUAAGUUUCAAAUGUACUAUUUAUUUUGAUUCCUAGCUUCUUGGCUUUAUUUUGAAUUACAUUCUUUUUCUAGAAGUAUUUCAUGAUUGCGGCCUUUGGGUAAUUCUAAUAAUACUGGGUCCAUUUUAUCUUUACAUAAUUUUCUUUUUCAAGACUAAAUUUAGAAGAUUUGAAUCUGAACAAGCUAAACCAUCUUGA